AUGACAAACCUCAUGGAUCCACACUCUACUGAGAUGGGCUCCGAUCCACAGCAGGAAUCUUCCGAUGCACGAGUUCCUGCAAACAGGGGCUUAGAAUCAAGAAGAAACGAGAGGUGGAAGCCGGCAGAACGGAUAACGUUCAUGGCAGCUUGUGAAACUGCCAUUGCUGAAGGCCAUCGCCAUGGCAGGUGUUUCACGAAACAAGGCUGGGAGCGUGUGGUUGCAUUAUUCAAUUCGUCAUCCGGCCACAAUUGGACAAAACAACAACUCCGCAACCACUGGGAUACAAUGCGUCAUGACCAUAAUCGCCUUCGUGAACUCUUAUCCUACAGCGGGGUCGAGUACGAUUUGCCAACGGAUCACAUUGUAGCAUCCGAGGAGUGGUGGACGCGAAAAAUCAGGGUAAGGCGCCGGUUUUAA